AAUUGCAGGAACGAGAACAGUUAGAAAGAGAUGAAGCGCUAGAAGCGUCGAAGAAACCGUCUAAAAGUGGAAGAGGAAAAACUAAAACAAUGGCUAUUGAAACUAAACCUUCACCACAUGGUAUUCGUGUUGUACCACGUGUUGAUUCAGCCAUUAAAACCAAAGCGGCCAAAGCUGAUCAAGCCAAAAAACGAAAGGAAAAGAAAGAAUUAAAUUUUGAUAUAGAUGACGAUAUCAAGAAGGAACCGGAAGAGGCAGAAGAAAAAGAAAAGAAAAGUUUAGCAGAAAGAUUAAACAUUAAUAAGAAAAAAAUAUUCAAAAAAGAGAAAGAUCCAAAUA